AUGUACGCUGGCGUUGAGAACGACAAGAUUCUUACGGUCAGGAUGAUGAACGGAACUCAGAAAGUUUGUGGCUGGAUGUGGAAGGUUUGGCUCCUGCUUCCUAAUUCUCUGCGACUAAAAGUCUACGAAGCUGUCACCACGCUCGCAAGAAAGCGUUGGAAUGGCGCCGCCACCUUAUAUGUCACCCGAUUACCAUUCAAUCUUUACAUCAAACAGGGUUUCAAUGCAGUAGAGGAAGUGGCCGCUACUCGAUAUGUUGAGGAGAACACGUCGAUCCCCGUUCCUCACAUCCUCGAUUGCGUCUCCAUUGGCCAUCCAGAGUAUCCGAGGAUGGGGCUUAUCGUUAUGCAGGCAGCUCCAGGGCAACAUCUCGGGAAGAGGGGCGAAAUCUUGCACAAGCUCUCAGAACGACAGCAGGAUAUCUUUGUUGAAACGCUACGAGGAUGGUUCGAACAACUACGGUCUUUACCUCCCCCGGAUGAACGAGUCAUUUCGGGCUUUCUUGGAGGCGGUUUAUUCAGCUUCAGAAUUGGCGACAUUGUUGAAGAACCUUUAGGGCCAUACCCCUCCCAGCAAGAGUUUCAUGCUGAAGACUUUUGCACUCCGUGGCCGUCAGAUGAUGAACGAUUCAACAGGGCUUUGGACAUUCGAUCGAAAACUAACUAUAAAAUCUGCCUCAGCCAUGGCGACCUGACUCCUCAAAACAUUCUUGUUGACGAAAAUGCUCGCCCGGUAGCCCUCAUCGACUGGGAAACGGCUAGUUGGAUGCCGGAAUACUGGGAGUACACCCGCGCAUUGUACAUGCGUGAGCCAUACGUUGGGUGGUGCAAGGCCUUCAAGCGGAUAUUUCCUGGAUAUGAGUCAGAGCUCAUGGUGGAAUCCGCAAUUUGGAAGCAUUGGUUUCCAUAA